CUUGUCUCUCUCUUUAUUCAAUAAUAGUGAUGGCUUCAAUUUAUGUAAAAGACCAAACUGUAGCGAAAUAUUUAUCUUCUUUCCGAAAUAAUGAUAUUAAUGGCAUUCGAGCUUCUUUGAAAGAAGAAUCAAUUUAUCGUCAAAUGUUUGCUUUAAAACCUGAAAAUAUUAACUCCUCCCAAUCAAAAGUAUUACGUCAACCAUAUUUGAAUUUGAUUAACGUAUAUGAAGAUAUAGAUAUCUGGAAAAUUAAGAAUAGAUUUUUCAAUAAUGAAGCUGGAAAUGAUGACGAUGAUGGAAUGUACAUUAUGCCUUUACCGGAAGAGAAAAGACUAAAACAUGGUGAUCCUGCUAUUUGUCUCGGUGGAAAUGAAAAAUUCUAUAAGAAUUGGAGAUUAUUCACUGAAUCGAGCCUCCUUGAACUAGAUUGGUCAAAUGUAUUUGCAGCAGGUGGCGCAGUGUUGUCGUGUCUCCUUCCAAUUCCCAAAGAAUACGAUGAUAACCUACGUAACAUCCGUAAUUGGUAUCAUAAUAUUGCCUAUCAAAAUUCUGAUAUCGAUCUUUUCAUUUAUGGAUUGGACGAGGAAGCAGCUAAGAAAAAAAUGGAAGAGAUUUACGAAAAUAUUUGUAAUGCUAUUCCUUGGGAAGUUACGUGUUUUCGAAGUAAACACUGUGUGACUAUUAUUAGUCAAUAUCCUUAUCGGCAUAUUCAAAUUAUACUUCGAUUAUAUAAUUCUCCUUCAGAAGUUCUUACCGGCUUCGAUGUUGAUUGCUGUAGUGUUGGGUUUGAUGGUAAAAAUGUUUGGGCUUUACCAAGAGCUCAUCAAGCAAUCAUCAAACAAUGUAAUGUGAUUGAUUUAACCAGAAGAUCUCCGUCAUAUGAAAUGAGGUUGGCAAAAUAUACUGAAAGAGGUUUUGAGAUCAAAGUUCAUUCGCUAGAACGUUCCAGAAUUGACCCUACCAUAUAUGAGAAAAGUUUCGAAAAACUUAAUGGUCUCGCUCGUUUACUCGUACUAGAACGUCUAAACACUCCCGAAAAUAGAUACGCAUAUGUAGAGAAAAAGCGUGAACGCAAUUGUCGUCCAAGUCAUCCAAAAUCCGGUGUAUAUGAAUCUAGGAAAUGGAAAAGAAGAGCCAACAUCAAUAAAACUAAAUUUGAAAAUAAUGAUUAUGAAACGUUGAUUUUACCAUAUGGAAUUAGUUAUAAUGUAGAUAGGAUUACGAGAUUAAUUUAUUCAAAGGAUAUGGCGUUGAACUCAAUGUGGAACAAAGAUAACAAAGAUAGAGUUUUGCACAGACAUAUAUGUUUUUUCGGUACCAUGAAAGAAAUUUUUGAUGAUUGUUGCGGUCACUGCCCAGAACCUAGUACUCAAGAUGAAUUUGCUGCUCAAAUUGAAGAAGAUAAAACGUUUAUAAGAGGUAAAAUGGAAUUUAUAAAGGAUGAUCCAGGAAGGCAAACAAUUGGAAGUUUUCACCCAUUAACUGAUGAUGAUUGGACAUCGCAAGCUUAUAUUACUAAUGUUAGAGUAGAUUUGUGUAGUGCUUGUGCUAGAGGUGAUGUGGAUAUUGUUGAAAGUAUCUUAAAAUCAAAUUUAAAUAUUGAUGAGGACUUUCAACUUGAAAGGGUGAAUAUUGAGGCGAGAGAUUAUCUUGGAAGAACCCCAUUACAAUUAGCUGUUUUAGGAGGACAUACUGAAUUAGUUAAAAUAUUAUUAAAGUAUGAUGCAAGAAUUAUCGCAAGGAUGUCAGAUGGUAAAACUGUUGUUCAUUUGGCUUCGCAAUAUGGGUUUUUAGAUAUUUUGGAAUUAUUACUACAAAAGAGCAAUGAAAAUAAGGAAAAAGCCCAAGAACAAAAAGAUGUAAUGUCAUUAUCAGAAAUGAAUAAUCGAACAAAUAUUGAGUUUGAUAAUUCAUUCGAAAUAAUUGAUAAAUCUGAAAUUGAACGAGAGCUUGAAGAUCUAAUUUUUGAUCCAAUAGAUAAGGAGAAUGAUCAAGAUGACAUAAUUGAUAUAAAUACUGAAACUUGGGAUCAUUUAUUAACCGCUUUAGAUUAUGCUAUCAUAUUUGGGCAUGUAGAAAUAGUAAAACUUUUAGUUGAAGCUGGGGCGGAUGUUCAAAGACAAAUAAAGCUUCAAGUACAAAAUAUUUAUAAUCGUUCAUUCUAUCAUAAUAGAAUCUCGACAGGUGUAAUUUACUAUCCAUUAGGAUUAUGCUUAUUAACUCAAGAUCAGAAGUCUGGAUUGGAGAUCGCUUCAAUUUUGUUAAAAAAUGGUGCUAGUACUUCCCAGGUUAAUCAUGAGUUUAACACCAUUUUACACUUGGCUGCUAAAGAAGGAAAAACACAAUUUAUUAAAUUGUUAUUGGAUGAGGAUCCAAACUCAUUGCAAAUUAUUAAUUCAUUGAAUUCAAUGGUCGAAUCUCCACUCAGCAUAUCCGUUUUAAAAAAUCAUUUAGAAAGUACUGAAUUAUUAUUGAAAUAUGGUGCAAGGCCAUAUAUUUCAUUAGAGGACGUUCAAAUUUCUAAAAAACAUCAAAACCACAACGAAUUACUAAUACUCGGCAGGGUGGCACAACCUAUAACUCACGCUUUAAAUAAUAGUCAGUAUCGCAUCUUAAUUGAAGCUGGAGCAGACAUCAAUACUAUUUAUAAUUGUAAUUGUCCAAGAACAAUUAUUGAAAAUGCAAUAGCGUUAAAUGAAUGGAAUAUUAAAAGUUAUAAAGAAAAGUUGAAUGCUGAAAAGGAAAAGGAACCAGUUUCAAAUGAAGAUGAAGUGACCAUAUUUAUAAAUUCUUUGAGUGAUUUACUUGAGAAAGAAAAAAAAAUCGAUGAAGGAACUUAUAGAGGAUAUGUACUUAACCGACACACCGCGAAAAAUUUUUAUGAAUUCUUAAACGCGAAGAAUCCACAAUUAUAUCCUUGGAAUUCAAUUUUAGCACCUAAUUAUAGUGUAGUACACGAGGAUUACUCAAAAUUACUUGAAACAGAAAUCGAAAAAUUAAAUUAUAACAAGAAAUGUUUAGAUUAUCUUAUUAGCCGUGGUGCUAAAACUUACAAAGAAAUUGAGAUGGAAAGUAAAUUACAAGAGCCAAAGAAAUCGAUGAAAGAAUUACAAGAACGGUUAAAUUCUGUUAGAAUAUUAUUAGAAGAACAAGCUGGAACACUGGAAGCUGAGAAAAAAGAACGUUAUUUAAAAGAAGAAAUUCUUUUACAACAUGCUAUGAAUAAACAACAAGAAGAAAUUGAUAGAAUUUGUAAUGGUUAUAAUGAACAAAGUUCGUAUAAUUCAUUUGGGCAAAUUCAAAAUCCUAAUUUAGGACUAUUAUUAAAAACUGUAUCCUCUAAGCCAUUGAUAGAUUUUGAUGAAUUUAUAAUGAAAUUUACUUAUCCCAAAAAUUAUAGUGAUAAAAUACCUGCAGAACUAAUUCCAGAGUAUGUGAAAUUAUUUCAAGCCGUUUAUGAUAAUGACAUUAGCAAAGUCGAGGAAAUGUCACAAAAAUUAGUUUUCGCUGUUUGUGAUAAAUUUAAUAUGACACCAUUUAUGUGGGCCUGUUUUCGUGGGCAUAAUGAAUUAGCGAUUAAAAUUUUGGAUAUUGUUACUAGUCAAUAUGAACCUAAGAAGAAUAUUGAAUUAAUUAAUGAGGGCAAUAAUACUAAUGUCAUUAAUAAUUAUGAUAUUAUCGAUGAUGACGAUCACGACGAAAGUGAAAAUAAUUAUUCUGAUGGUUUUGGCUAUGAACACCAAGGACCUUUACAAUCAACCUCCGAAGAUAAUGAUUCAAAAUCCCCCAAUUUUAAGCCCGUAUCUAAUUGUCUAGCACAUGUAUUUCUUAUGUAUCAAGGCAAUUUCGCAAGCAAAAACGUUUUACCCAAAGAAUUCUUAAAAGAAAGCGAAAUAGUAGAUAAUAUUUGUUUAAACGGAUUGGAAGUGGCUGUUUUGAAAAAUAAUUUAGAAAUGGUAAAGAAGAUUUUAGAUUGGGCCGAAAAAUAUCAACAUGCUAAUGGUGACUAUUUUAAAAAUAAUGGAGGUUUAGUUACAUCUCUAAUUCAAGGAAAUAAUACAAGAAAUCCGAUGACAGAUUCUAUUUAUUUGGGAUACGUGGAUAUGAUGGAUAUACUUAUUGAAUAUGCUGCGGGUGGAAAUGAUUUUUUUGUCUUUGACAUUAAAGAUCCUGAAGAAACUCCUGUGCCUGAGAAAUCAAAUUAUUAUCAAGGUUUGAAUAUAAAAGGUCGCAAGAAAAAAUCUUGGAUAAUUCGUUACAAUCCUAACUAUUCUAAUAAAUCCGUAAAGCCUCCUUACUUAUUUUAUGCUGCGUAUUAUGGAAAUAUAGCAAGUAUACGAUACUUUUUCUCUGAGAGGCCAAUAAAAGCGUUAGAAAAAUUCGCUCAAAAAUAUGCCGACAAUAAAUCGAAAGAUUUAAGAGUAACGAUUUUGGAUACAAUUAAAAAUAUUCAAAAAGUUGGAAGAAAAUUAUUUAAUUAUGAGUUAUUUAGAAACGAGACACCAUUUCAUUGGGCUGUACAAAAUAAUGAGCAUGAUAGUAUAAAAGAACUUAUUAGAUUAUACAAAGAGCAAGAAAGUAAAGAGCAAAAAGGAUACUAUGGGGAAAAACCAUUAACGCUUGAAGAACUUCUGGAUAUGAGAGCUGAUGGAAAGAAAAUCACUGCUUUACUUUUGGCUGCUCAGUUUGGUUUUAACGAAUGUAUUAAAGCUCUAUUAGAAGGAGGAGCUGAUCCUGGAAUUACGGAUUGUAACGGCUGGUCACUUGCUCAUUAUGUUGUAGAUAAUGAUAAGGAUGAGACGCUUAGAUUAUUACAAGAAUUGUUACAAGCAGAAACUUAUCAGAGAAUGUUGGAACAACGUAGUAAAUCAUUCAAUCAUACACCAUUAUCUAUUUCGAUUCUAAAUUACAACGAGAAAAUGACUGAAUAUCUUUUGCAACAAGUCACCGAUAAGAAUUUAUUCACUUAUGAUUUUGAGAAUAAUCGAUAUCUUCAUUUAUCUCUUAGAGAAGGCCUCUGGUGUAUCUCAAAAAAAUUGAUUGAAGCAGAAGAAUCUAUUAUUACAGCUGAAGAUAACGAAAGAUUUUGUUCUUUAUAUCACGAAAAUUCAUUUGGACAAACUCCUACAGAUAUAGCUAUUCAAAUGUAUUUAAAUUCACUAUUUUCACUCCAACAAUCAACAACUAAUAGUUUUGGAUAUCAAUAUCAUCAUAAUCAAUAUAAAGUGGUAGAAAAGUGUGCGACGAAAUCUUUCAACUUUAUGGUACCAAAAUAUUUACCUAGAAAUCAAGGAAAUCCAUUAGCAAUAAGAGUAAACGUUAAAUUUGAUGCAGUUAACGAUAUGGUACAUAAGUUAACUAAAAAAAUCACAGAUGGAAAUGUUCAUUAUAAUCAUUAUAAUACAGGUAUUACAUCAAAGGAACAAAAUACCAAGAGUCAUUUAAAUAUACCAAUGUUUAGUUUUAAACAACUUAAACAACCUAGUACCCUAUCGUCACAUUACCAAUUUUCUAGUACACAUGUGAAUGUUUAAAUUCCAAUAUGUUAAAAUUAUUCCUUUUUUCUUAAGACCAUUAAAUAUUAAAAAAGGUUUUUUUUAACUGUAAUCCUUAUAUAUGUGAUCGCUGAUGAAGUUUACAAAUUAGUUUUUUUUUAUUGGGACCAUUAUCAAAAUAAAGAAAAAUAA